CUGUCAACACAGGACGUACAUAAAUGCGCAUGCUCAAACCGUUUUUGUCGUUUUUGUACAGUAGCAGAGGAGAAAUUGCAAAUGGCGGAGGCUAGCAACCCGGCACAGCCACUCCAACAGCUCUUAAUACAAUCGUUUGAGACGUUAUCUGAAGAGGAACUAGAUGAGGAGCUGUACAAAGUCAGCGACGAAGACAUCAGAAAAGUGGCAAAACAUCUUCAAAAACAACUGCUAGCAGCGAAAAGAGAAGUCGCUGAACUGAAGACACAGCUCAUAGAGAAAGACAACAACGAAAUAGCGUACAGGAAAGAAAUCGACGAGCUGAAGAGGAAACAGGAAGGAUUGCAAACGUACAUCGAUAAAUUGGAGAAAUUGAUCGAAUUGCUUGGUCGGAGUGUAGGGGAACUGCAGUCACAAGUCGAGGAUCUUAAAAACGACCCACAACACACAUUGGCUCAAACAGCACUAGAUGUGGCACUGGAAAAUCGCGUCAGAUCUGAUAUUCAUAGUGUAAGUCUUACUGAAAUACUUCAAAGAUUGUGCCGCUUGGAAUCAGUGCAGGAGAGAAAUGAGGACUGUAGAGACUAUGAGCAACAAGAUGCUGGACGACGUGAGGGCCCGUUUCUAUCCUAAUCCGGCCCUGAAACUGGGCCCCAGACGCCCCAUCCAGAUCAGACACGUGGUUCAUCUUCAAAUAUCACUGGUUCACCAUCUUAUCAACACAAUCAACAACGCUAUCCAUCACAAACUCCUGGUCACGUGACUAGUGACCAGUUAGUAUACCUGGCUCCUGCUGCCUCUGGUACAGGUGAUGGUUCUGAUGAUCCACGCACAGAGUAUUGUAGUUACAAGAGGCAAGAGGAAGACAUCACAAAAACAGAAUUUCAUUAUCAGUCCACUCGUGUGUCUUUCACAGCUACUCAGACAAGAGUGAAAAGAACGACAACUCAGCAUAGCACUAACACUUCUGGCCGAUCGUCUUCAGACUCUGGUUUGGGAUCUAUUGUACCUGUUUCUCCUUCUGAUGUUGCUCCAGCAGGUCAUUUCGUCAGCCAGCAAGUUGAAGUGUCUCGAGGUACUGACAAUGUUCAGGGCAACGGUCACAUAAAUAAUGCAGACCACCAUACCAGUACAGAUUCUACAGACAGUGGAAUACAACACACAUCAGAUAGAGGAGGUACCGAUUGAAUAUCUUGUGUGUAACCUAAUUGAAGGGUGUUUGUACAUACGUAUACAGAUAACAAUCAUAUUAUGAUCAUAUUGUACGCUGCUGCUUAAUUAAUUAGCCCUUUGAAAUACUGGGAAUCAUAUUUUACAGGUCUCUGAUGAGUGAUUCUUGUUGGACCAGAUCGUUUUCAAGUGUAACGUGUGUUGUAUAUUACUAAUAUAUACCAAUCCGUAUUGAUUAGAAAGUUUAGAAUUUUAGACAUCUACAUAGACUACAAAAGGUUCCAAAGUGGUCACCAGCAUUUACUCUUGUGACUCUUGGCUCUAAGAGGAAAGAGAGUCAAGAGUCAGGGAAUGAUAAUGGUGGGGUGGGAUUGCCUGAGUCUAAACAUCUGACUCAUGUAAAUAUUUAUAACACACACUGAUUGCAUAAACCUGACCCACCACACAAAGCUUUGAAAUUGCAACAUACUCAGUCCAAAUUCUUCAACCAAAUUAAUCUUGUCAGUAAAUUCGUAUAC